GACCAAGCUGACCUACACUCCUGGUCAUUAGCGUGUGGACAAGCGUUGAGUGCGGCAACAUGUUCCCGGAGGACCGCUUCCAUCCGCUUGGGCCGGACGCUGAUCGCCUGCACGACGAUCUGGUAGAAGCCACGGAGCUGGAGAGCACGCCUAAAACCUCGAAAGAGCUAGGCUCAGCACUUGUGUUGCACCAGUUCCUGCCGGCCUGGGACGUGCAAGCCUAUCUGCGUGUGGCUGGCAUUCGACUGCACGUGCACAACUCCAAAUACCCGACGUACGAGGCCACAGGUGAACUGCCGCAGCUCAGUGAUGGCAACUUUUUACUGCCCAAGGAGGAGAUUAUCAUGCACCUGCAGACGUUCCACAAGGACAUCGAUGAGUUCUUAACUGACCAACAACGCAGCGAAUCGUAUGCGUAUCGGUCAAUGCUAUCGGAGAAGCUCCAGCGAGUGAUGAUGUAUUGCCGCUGGGUCGACUCGGCCACGUACCGCGAGGUCACACGGCCGCACAUGAAGCGUCAUAUCCCAUUCCCACUAAACCUCUUCUUACCCAAGAAGAUGCACCUGGACACGAUGGAGAAGCUGCGCAUGUACGGCAUUUCGACCAAGGAACAGGCUUACGUCAUCGCUCGUGACUGCUACACGGCCCUCAACACGAAGCUUGAGAGCGCUGGCACGCCUUAUUUCUUUGGAGAUCAACCGAGUGCUCUGGACGUCGCGGUGUUCGGGCACGUUGUUGACGCUAUGGGCAAUACGCAGCUGGUGGCCACUGUGCAUCAGCAUGCGCCACUGCUUAUUACACUGGCGGAGCGUAUCCGGGACGCGUAUUUCGGUGCUCCUGGUGAACAGCCCACGAGUCUCAGUGAAGAGGCAUUGUACUCGGAGAACCAGCCCAAUUACUUCACUACUUCGUUAGACAAUGCCUUCAUGAAGAAGGUCUCGCAGCCACUGCAAGUGGCUUUCCUCAAGCCAUACCGCAGUUUGGACUGGAGUCGUCGUGAAUUGGCUUCGGAGAUUGCCCAGAAGAAGCGUAAGAAGGAGGCUGAGGAGCGAGCUGCUGACGAGGAGCACGAUGAGGCUUUCCAAAAGGGACCUCGUAACGUUAUCAUCGGUGCCAUUGCAGCUCUGGUAUUGUAUGCCGUGACAGCUCUGCCAGUAGCUGUGGUCGAUGUCGACGAUGAAUAUUACGACGAGGACGAAGACGACGAAUAGAGAACCCCACCGCCUUGAUACUCAUCAGGUGACGUUGUAGAUUGAUACCAACUUUGUUCUGAGCGUCUGUUUGAUCUUACCAGAAAGAAGGACAAGCAUGACAAUGUAAGCCUGUUUUGAACGAGGCUUUUGAUGAUGGAGUUUUUGGAUGCUGGAUUCCCGCUGUCGAAUCAAUUUCAAUAACUUUAACUUACACGAUGCCAUGUACAAAUAAAAAAGGCGAGCAGAAUGGCUGCUCUUCGCAUGGUUGCUUGUCCAUACUAGAGUGAGCAGGCGUAUUGUGUUGUCAUAGAUCCACGGUGUCAUCUGCAGUCAUUCAAAAAAA